UAGAUUAGUUUCGAUAUAUCGGACACAUACCUAAUUCUUUCUGAUGUUUUCCACCGCAUAAAAGUUUUGAUUUAAAUAUUUCGUAUUAAUUUAUACUAUAUAAUUUUCAUAAUAAGUUGUGAAUGUAUAAUAUUUGGAAGCCGCCACCAUAGCUAUGAAAUGGCAACAUCACAACCUGUUAUACAGUUAAGAUAACAGUAAAUAGAAAUAUUUUUAUUUGCUUUAAGCCUUUAACUACGACUACCAAAUUACUAAUGACCAUUAUACCGAGUAUACUAUAUACUAAGUGAUUAUAUACUCUUUGUAACAUAAAUACUCUAUACCUAUAUAGUCAGAUCGUACCGUACUGUACUUUUAUUAGAACAUCUAAAAGUUUUGAAUAAACUUUUAUAUUUGUUUAAAUAUAUAAAAUAAGUUUGAAGAAAACUUUAAUAUAUUUUAUAAAGUUAUACAUUUUUAACAAUGCCUAUUUUUAGUGGACGUUGUUACAGUAACGUUAAACUAGCCGGAAAAACAGCCGUAGUUACAGGUUGUAAUACUGGUAUUGGAAAAGAAACUGUAUUGGAUUUUUAUAAACGAGGUGCUAGAGUUAUUAUGGCAUGUAGGAGUCAGGAAAAAGCAGAAGCCACGAAGGUUGAAAUUGAACAAAGAUGUAAGGAUUUGUCUGAAAAGGGUGAUUUAAUAAUAGAAAAAUGUGACUUGUCAUCCCUGAAUUCAGUUAGACAAUUUUCAAAGAAAAUUUUGGACAGCGAGGCACAGAUAAACAUUCUGGUGAAUAAUGCAGGAGUUAUGAUGUGUCCAAAGGGAUACACAGAAGACGGGUUUGAAACACAAUUUGGUACCAAUCACUUGGCACAUUUUUUGCUAACAAUGUUGCUUAUACCGCGUAUAAGAAAUAGCACACCGGCAAGAAUUGUAACUGUUUCUUCCAAAGCUCAUACUAGAUAUGGAAUUAAUUUUGAUGAUUUGAACUAUGAAAAAAGACAAUACAGUGCAGCAGAGGCAUAUUCACAAAGCAAACUUGCAAAUGUAUUGUUUUCUAGAGAACUAGCAGCUAAAUUAAAGGAGAAUAAUAUAAUGGGAAUAAACACAUACAGCCUACAUCCUGGAGUAAUAAGAACAGAACUAGGUCGUCAUUUAGAUGAGGUUUUGUUCAAGGGAUCAAGAAGAAUGAUAGGCUUUGUAUUAUAUCCUUUCAUGAAGACUCCUGAGCAAGGUGCUCAGACAACUAUUUAUUGCUCUGUAGAUGAAAAAUGUGCUAAUGAAACUGGUUUAUAUUACAGUGAUUGUGUAGUCACAAAUCCAGACAGAAAAGCACUCAAUGAUGAACAUGCCAAAAUGUUGUGGGAGAAGUCUAUGGAACUUGUUAAGUUAAAUGAUUACAAUCCUUUUACAGCAAGUGACCCUGGAAUAACCAGAAAAUAAUUAUUUUAUUAUGUACUAGAAAUAUAUAACAUUAUCUUUUACAUAAUCCAAAAAUCAUAAGAAGCAACAAAGCAUUUAUACUAAUUUCUUUAUAUUAUUUAAUAUUAAUAAUAUUAUAAAACUAAC